ACAAACCAUCUUUAUGGUAUUACGAGAAGUUAAUGUUUUUGGCGCAUCAUUGCUUGCCUCGUAAAAGCACAGCCAUAGGCCUGACUCAACAUUCCAUGACUGAGGAUAAUGAAAGUGAAGAGACAUGCAGUCUCUCUUCUCAAAUUGUGGAUGUACAACCAUCACCACAUCAAAACAUCGAAGGCUGUUAUAGUCUUGAUGUGGAUGUGCUGGAUGGUGUAUGCAUUGGGGAACAAUGUGAAGAAGCAGCAGCACCAGCAACAACAACAGCAUCACCACCACCACCACCACCACCACCACCUACCCAUGCCACUCAAAGCAGGGAUGGAAGAAGAAAGAGGCCUGGUGAUGGGUACAUGAGUGCUGUUGAGGUAAUAGCUAAUAAAAUAUGUGCCACCCAAGGCC